AUGCAUGCAAUAGGGCCACGGGCCCUUGCCUCAGCCUCUCGAGUCUCUGCGUCGUCGAGGUUAGCAGCGUUCUCGGCCCGCCGCCAGUGUCGACACUUCCACCCGUCCUUCAGGUUGCGGAAAGGCCCGUCCGAAGGCGGCGCAGACGACGGAAAGCCACCUGAAAAACCCGCCAGCGAGCAGGAUGACGGCAACAGCAGAGAUCAGGACGGUGUGAGAACCGAACAGCCCACAAACGAGUCGGCUUUCCGCAGAUCGAGAGGCGGCGCGUUUGCGUCUGCCCGAGCGCGCCUUUCAAGGCCGAGAGCGGCGGACGAGCUUCCGCCUGUGAAGCUGCCGCAGAGUUUCCUCGACAGCAACGUGUCGCUCUACGACCCCGAAAACCGAAUCAACACCCUCACGAACGACCUUUGGCACCACCGGUACAUGGGCGCCCGCUGGCACGACCUGCUAUGGAAGGAUUUGGAUCUAGUGUUCAGCCAGGCUUCAUGGAGCGAAACGAGGCUGCAGGAUGCGUUGCGCAACUUGCGCGAGGGCAAUACCGAGGCUGUUGAGAGGCGGAACAGGAUACUGGCUGAAGCAUCGCAAUGGUUGAGCCUUUCUAUUGACGAGAUGCGGUCUUCAAACAACUUGCAAAGCUCCCGAGAGCCGCUUCCCACGACAGACUUCGCCGAUAUGCUUCGCUACUCUAACAAGUUUGUUUUGUCGAACCUUCUGUCGCAACACACGAGAGACACAAUAAACAGCGACCCCAUACAGGAGCAGGUAGCGGAUCAAGAUGCUGUACUCCAGACGCUUGUCGAGCAGUAUAUCGAGGAAGGACGGCCGCUGCCAAAACGUGACGGUCUGCGAUUAUUUGAUCCUAGGAUUCGGGGUGAGAUCGUCACGGCGGUGCGCGCCGAGCUUGCGCUCCAACCAACAACGGACAUGCUGGGCAGGGAACUCAAGAGGCCUCUUACGGUCGUUCACAUCCCGAAUUACACUGGUCGGAGCCAUACGAGGAAACUCAUGAAGCAUGUUGCUUCAUGCGUGGAGGCGGACAUCAUCCAUCUUGAUGCGCAGGAGCUGGGCAUGCUCGUGGGUGACUAUAUCGGCCAGGACUGCGCAUAUUCCAGAGGCCCCAUCUCCAUGAUGGGAUACCGUGCGGCAGAGAUGAACGGCCGCUUGGCGAAGUCGGAGGAGCCUGCCAAGCCGAGCGAUGAAGAUGUGGCUGGAGAAAUUGAGGCUGCGUGGGUUCACAUCAACCAACAAGAAGGAGGAAACGGCUUCAACAACCCCAUGGAGGAUGAGCUUCAGAAGAUCAAGGAGGGCGCAAAGGAUUACAUGCUUCCCUCCGUCGACCGCUGGGAGAACCUCAAGAUCAAUGCCGCCCUUGAGGAGAUCGCCAACGCGACGACAAAGACGUCUUCGCAACCGGAUCGCAACCUCAUCAUCCAUGUUGAUGACUUUGUUGAGCUCAAUAUGACUCUUGAGGGGGCUCUCAUCCUCGGCAGACUGCGUUCCAUCGUUGACACAAUGUGGCGGUCUGGCCGGAGAGUGACGCUCGUCGGCACCUCCUCCAACGAGAACCCAUCGGAGCAGUACGCCACAACACUGAAGGAUAUUGCUGCCGAGGAAUGCCUCGUUCCGCUCCCCCUGAACUUUCAGCGCAUCACCAACGCAAGCAACACGAAGAAGAUCUACGAGGCAAACGACUACCUCCAAGAAAACCUGCGCAACAUCCAACACAUGCUUCGCACCAUCGCCGGGUCCUCCCCGGACACUUCCAAACUCCGCAUCGUCGGCGUCUCGAAGUCGCACCCACCACAAUUCCUUCUUGACGACGCAGAAGGCUCUUACAUGGAAGUCUCUCUCAUCCCCCGCGUCCUCGCCACCUCUGUGCUCCCCCUUCCGGACGUCUACCACAUCACCCGCCUCUUCUACGCCUGCCAGGGCUCCGUCUCCCCAGACCAAUCCUGGCGCGUUCUUUUCGACGUCGUGGAGUCGAGCUCCUACAGCACCGCCCAACUGCACCGCGUCCAGGACAAACCAACCCGCUCAAAACCCUCCUCUCCCUCUUCAUCAUCCGCCGAUUCCGCUCGCGCCGAGCCCGAACGUCUUCGUGUAUCCGGCAGCUACAACGACUACGAGAAGAAGCUCCUGGCAGGCCUUGUCAACUCCAAUGAGAUCAAGACGACCUUUGAUGACGUCCACGCUGACCCUGAGACCAAGUCCGCCCUCAAGCUCCUUACAUCCCUCUCCCUGAUCAGGCCUGAAGCCUUCACCUAUGGCGUUCUCGCCACCGACAGGAUCCCUGGCUGCCUUCUCUACGGACCCCCUGGUACCGGCAAGACUCUCUUGGCAAAGGCCGUCGCUAAGGAGUCUGGCGCGAACAUGCUCGAGGUCUCGGGCGCAAGCAUCAACGACAUGUAUGUCGGCCAGUCCGAAAAGAACGUACGCGCCCUCUUCUCUUUGGCCAAGAAGCUCUCACCGCUGGUCAUCUUCAUCGACGAGGCCGACGCCCUGCUCGCAGCCCGCGGCCAACGCAACCGCGCCGCCCAUCGCGAGACCAUCAACCAGUUCCUCCGGGAAUGGGACGGCAUGAACGACACAAAGGCCUUUAUCAUGGUCGCCACGAACCGCCCCUUCGACCUCGACGACGCCGUCCUCCGCCGCCUGCCCCGCAAGAUCCUGGUCGACCUCCCCCUCAAGCAGGACCGCGCCUCGAUCCUGCGCAUCCUGCUCAAGGGCGAGGAUCUCGACGACUCCGUCUCCAUCGACGACGUCGCGCGCCAGACGGUCCUCUACUCCGGCUCCGACCUCAAGAACCUCUGCGUCGCCGCCGCCAUGACCGCCGUGCAGGAGGAGUCCGAGGAGGCCGCCAAGCACACUGGCCCGGAGCCCUACGUCUUCCCCCCCAAGCGCACGCUGAGGAAACAUCACUUUGACAAGGCGCUCAAGAUGAUUGCCGCCAGCGUCAGCGAGGACAUGGACAGUCUCAAGAGCAUACGGCGCUUCGACGAAAAGUACGGCGACGUGCGGUCCAAGAACAGCCAGAAGCGCAAGGGUAUGGGUUUUGGCGUCAUCCCGACACCGAGCGAUGCGGAGGAGGCUAGGGUACGGCAGGCUGUUGCAGUGUAA